ACACCGGUUUUCACGUGACUCUGAAGUGUUUUUAAUCUCUGGAGUUAUGAGGGUGUGACAGCGUCCUCGGAUCAGAUGCAGGCAGACACAGGACUGCAGAGGAACACAUGAGCAGAGUUUCCUCCACACAGGAAGCUGCAGAGUGUCUGAAAGUGGACCUGAAGAUCAAACAUUGGAAACCUAGACCUGGACCCAGCUGUGUGUCUAAGAGUGACUCCUCUAUGGAUCCACCCAUUGAGUUGAAAGAUGGACAACACUCUGAUCCAGAGAUCCAACAUGAGGAAACUGGACCUGAAACUGGAUCUGGGCCUGGAGCUGAUUCUGGAUCUGGAUCCGGACCCAGCUGUGUGUCCAUGAAGAGUGACCGGUCUAUGGACAAACCUAUUGGGUUCAGAGAUGGAAAGCACUCUGAUGGUCCAAGGAUACAACAUGAGGAAACUGGACCUGAUUCUGGACCUGGACCCAGCUGUGUGUCCAUGAAGAGGGUCCGGUCUAUGGGCAAACCUAUUGGGUUUACAUACAGAAUGCACUCUGAUAGUCCAAGGAUCAAAGAACAGAGGCCAGUCCACCGUACAUCCAGCUGUGUAUCCAUGAAGAGUGACCACUUCAGAGAGUUUUAUAGCAAGAUUCAACGAAAGCACUUUAACAAUCAUCCUCUCCACAGAGCUUAUCGACAGAAUUCAGAGGUUCCCAUUAAUCAGUCUGUCCAGCUGGACUCCGUAUUCAUGCUGCUCCAGGAAAACAUCGUCAGAUUUGUGGAGGACGAGCUGAAGAAGAUCCAGAGAGUCCUGAGUUUAGAUUACCCAGAAGGCUUAGAGAGUCAGAGGGAGGAUGAGGAGGUGUUGGACGGUGAGGAUGAAGAACAGAGGAGGAGCAGCAGAGAGGCAUUUCUGAACAUCACACUGCACUUCCUGAGGAGCAUGAAGCAGGAGGAGCUGGCUGACCGUCUGCAGAGCAAAACUAAUGCUCGAGUGUGCAAACGUAAACUUAAGUCCACCCUGAAGGAGAGGUUCCAGUGUGUGUUUGAGGGCAUUGCUAAAGCAGGAAACCCAACCCUUCUGAACCAGAUCUGCACAGAGCUCUACAUCACAGAGGGGGGGGGGUCUGCAGGGGUCAAUGAUGAACAUGAGGUCAGACAGAUUGAAACAGCAUCCAGGAAACCAGACAGACCAGAAACAACCAUCACACAAGAAGACCUCUUUAAAGCCUCACCUGGAAGAGAUGCACCAAUCAGAGCAGUGAUGACAAAGGGCGUGGCUGGCAUUGGGAAAACAGUCUUAACACAGAAGUUCACUCUGGACUGGGCUGAAGGCAAAGCCAACCAGGACAUCCAGUUCAUAUUUCCAUUCACCUUCAGAGAGCUGAAUGUGGUGAGAGAGAACAAGUACAGCUUGGUGGAACUUGUUCAUCACUUCUUCACUGAAACCAGAGACGCAGGAAUCUGCAGGUUUGAUCAGUUCCCGGUCGUGUUCAUCUUUGACGGUCUGGAUGAGUGUCGACUUCCUCUGGACUUCCACAACAAUGACAUCCUGACUGAUGUCUCAGAGUCCACCUCAGUGGAUGUGCUGCUGACAAACCUCAUCAGGGGGAAGCUGCUUCCCUCUGCUCGCCUCUGGAUAACCACACGACCUGCAGCAGCCAAUCAGAUCCCUCCUGAGUGUGUGGACAUGGUGACAGAGGUCCGAGGGUUCACUGACCCACAGAAGGAGGAGUACUUCAGGAAGAGAUUCAGAGAUCAGGAGCAGGCCGGCACCAUCAUCUCCCACAUCAAGACCUCCCGAAGCCUCCACAUCAUGUGCCACAUCCCAGUCUUCUGCUGGAUCUCUGCUUCAGUUCUGGAGGAGGUGUUGAAAACCAGAGAGGGGGGAGAGUUGCCCAAGACCCUGACUGAGAUGUACAUCCACUUCUUGGUGGUUCAGUCCAAAGUGAAGAACAUCAAGUAUGAUGGAGGAGCUGAGACAGAUCCACACUGGAGUCCAGAGAGCAGGAAGAUGAUGGAGUCUCUGGGGAAACUGGCUUUUGAGCAGCUGCAGAAAGGCAACCUGAUCUUCUAUGAGUCCGACCUGACAGAGUGUGGCAUCGAUAUCAGAGCAGCCUCAGUGUAUUCAGGAGUGUUCACACAGGUCUUUAGAGAGGAGAGAGGACUGUACCAGAAGGACCAGGUGUUCUGCUUCGUCCAUCUGAGCGUUCAGGAGUUUCUGGCUGCUCUUCAUGUCCAUCUGACCAUCAUCAACUCUGGAGUCAACAUGCUGUCAGAAGAACCAACAACCUCCCAGAAGUCUAAAGUCUUCAGACCCAAACCUGAACUGACACAUCUCUACCGGAGUGCUGUGGACAAGGCCUUACAGAGUGCAAACGGACACCUGGACUUAUUCCUCCGCUUCUUCCUGGGUCUUUCACUGCAGACCAAUCAGAUUCUCCUACGAGGUUUGCUGACACCACAGACAGGAAGUGGUUCAGAGACCAAUCAGGAAACUGUCCAGUACAUUAAGAGGAAGAUCGAAGAGAUGCCCUCUGCAGAGAGAAGCAUCAACCUGUUCCACUGUCUGAAUGAACUGAAUGAUCAUUCUCUAGUGGAGGAGAUCCAACAGUCCCUGAGAUCAGGCAGUCUCUCCACAGAGGAACUGUCUGCUGCUCAGUGGUCAGCUCUGGUCUUCAUCUUACUGUCAUCAGAAGAAGAUCUGGAUGUGUUUGACCUGCAGAAAUACUCUGCUUCAGAGGAGGCUCUUCUGAGGCUGCUGCCAGUGGUCAAAGCCUCCAACAAAGCGUUGCUGAGUAGCUGUAAGCUGUCAGAGAGAAGCUGUGCAGCUCUGUCCUCAGUCCUCAGCUCCCAGUCCUCUAGUCUGAGAGAGCUGGACCUGAGUACCAACGAACUGGAGGAUUCAGGAGUGAAGCUGCUGUCUGCUGGACUGGGGAGUCCACACUGUGAACUGGAGACUCUCAGUCUGUCAGGCUGUCUGGUCACAGAGGAAGGCUGUGUUUCUCUGGCUUCAGCUCUGAGCUCGAACCCCUCCCAUCUGAGAGCGCUGGACCUGAGCUACAAUCAUCCAGGAGACUCAGGAGAGAAGCUGCUGUCUGCAGGACUGGAGGAUCCACUCUGGAGACUGGAGACACUCAGGCUGGACCAUGGUGGAGAGCAGUGGCUUACACCAGGUCUGAGGAAGUAUUCCUGUGAACUCACACUCGACACAAACACAGCUCACAGAAAACUAAAACUGUCUGACAAAAAAUGGAAAGUGACACGUGUGUUGGAGAAGAAGCCAUAUCCUGAUCAUCCAGCGAGGUUUGACUGCUGGGAACAGCUGAUGUGCAGAGAAGCUCUGACUGGUCGCUGUUACUGGGAGGUCGAGUGGAGAGGACAGGUUUAUAUAUCAGUGACUUACAGAGGAAUCAGGAGGAGAGGAGUCAGUGAGGACUGUGUGUUUGGAUAUAAUGAUCGGUCCUGGAGUCUGAUCUGUUCUGCUGGUCGUUACUCUGUCUGUCACAAUAACAGUAAAACUGUUCUCCCUCUCUCCUCCUACUCCUCCUCUUCCUCCUCCUGCCUCUUCCUCUCCUCCUCUGAUAGAGUAGCAGUGUAUGUGGAUCAUCCUGCUGGUUCUCUCUCCUUCUACAGAGUCUCCUCGGACACACUGAGCCACCUCCACACCUUCAGAACCACAUUCACUGAACCUCUCUACGUUGGGUUCAUGUUCUGCUCAGAAGGUUCCUCAGUGUCUCUGUGUUCUCUGUAGGAGGAGACUUCCUGUCCUGUGGUUUAAAUGUUUGUGGCGGACGAGGCUUCACCUUGGGCAACAUUUGACUCACUGAUUGUGUUUUUAUUGUCAGAAAUAUGAAUCCCAGAGGAGGAAGGCCAUGAGAUGAGGCUGAAAGCUCCAGAAACAAGUUUUCUGUAUGUUUAAAUAUAAAAAUGAGUUACGAUCAAAUAAAACAUGUGC